AUGCGACUCUGCGGAAUCUGUCAUAAACCAUUCUUGAAAGAGACAUCGUAUAACCGACACAUCUCAUACUGUCGCCGUACCCAAACUCGUCCUCGCACUCGUGUAAGAUCAUGCCGAGCGUGUAGUCUAGCCAAGACGAAAUGCAACUUCCACUCUCCAUGUUUGCGAUGUACGAAAAGAGACCUUGAUUGUGUGUACGACACAAAAGUGUCUGCUUCCACAAGUACAGCCCAAGUGGACGGGGAAGACCAAGCCCAGAUCGAUACUUCAGACUUCCCUCCGACGUCUUUGCCGGGAUGUGACUUCAACUUGAAUCAUAUGUUCACACCUGGCGGAGCAAUCGACACGGAUGAAUCGCAAUUGCGAGUUGACAUGGACUGGAAUACACUUGGGCUCACUGCUGCUGACUUGGAACUUCCUAAGGAUAGUCUACCCGAACUUCCAUGGUCUACAUGGACCCACCGAGACGAAUAUGCACUCAUCCUUUCCGGACACUCAGAUCCCUCUGAGCGACCAUAUUCGGAAUAUUUGUCUCCAGUCCCGACAUCGGACCCGGUCUUGCAAUUCACAGCAAACAUGCUCAUACAGAUGCUUCGUGCUUUCCCACAGAUGAUGCUUCGCAGGGAGACUCUCCCUGCUUUCAUACAUGGGCACUGGUAUCGUCCCUCAGGUACCACAGGCCUCGCUUUGCCUGAGCCAUUGGUCAACUGUAUGGGGCUAGCACAGGUUUUUGCUGCUCACAAUCCCGAGAGCAAGCCAUUUCUGUGGCGAACAGUCAAGACGGAGCAACGCUCCUUCAUUGAAAAGCAAGAUAAGCGCCAGUUCUCAAGGGAUGGCUUGCUUGCAGCUGUGCAAGCUCAGAUCAUUUACAUCAUUAUGAAAGUAACUGACAACUCAAAAUUCGAACAAGACUUGAAUCUCGAAAUGAUAAUCACUUUCCAGGCACUUUGUGAGAGCUUCAGAGAGCUGUGCAAUGAACCAUUUUGCCAGGACGAAAGAAUGUAUCCAAGCUUUAGCUGGGAAGAUUGGGUGUUUGCCGAAUCAAGAAGAAGAACAGUUUUGGUGUGGUUCUUGAUCGCUCAAACGGUUCGCAUCAAGAUUGGUGUACCAUGCGAUGCAUUUGAGGAUUUCCGAAAUCUUCCCCUCUGUUCUUCCAAGUCACUUUGGGAAGCAAGAACGCGUUUGGCUUGGCAGUCAGAGUAUGAAGUGUACAAGAACAUGCAGCGAACGGAACUGGAAAGCUUUGGAGAUCUUAUCGAUGCCUACAAAGAAAGGGACGUAGGGGCAAACCAACUAAGGCUGGAUGCUUGGAUUGCCAGAGCCGAUAAUCUUGGUGUCUUGCUUAGUCUGGGCGCGGUAAUUGCUUCUAGAAAGGAAGGAUGA